GUUGAGAAAUAAGAAGAUCAAGAGGGGGAAGGAGAGCUCGGUCUCCUGGAGAAGGAAGGGAGAAGCAUGUCGCGCCUGUCUCUGACCCGGUCUCCGGUCUCUCCUCUGGCCGCGCAGGGGAUUCCUCUGCCGGCGCAGCUCACCAAAGCCAACGCGCCCGUGCACAUCGACGUGGGCGGACACAUGUACACCAGCAGCCUGGCCACGCUCACCAAAUACCCAGACUCACGGCGAACCAGCAAACUUCUGCUGUGAGGUGACUUUCAGGACUUCAAUCUGCUGUACGAGGAGGCGCGCUAUUACCAGCUGAGUCCGAUGAUCAAGGAGCUGGAGCGCUGGAAGCAGGAGCGUGAGCAGCGGCGUCUGGCUAACCCCUGCGACUGCCUGGUGGUGCGGGUGACCCCCGACCUGGGCGAACGCAUCGCUCUGAGCGGAGAGAAGGUGCUCAUCGAGGAGAUCUUCCCGGAGACCGGAGACGUCAUGUGCAACUCGGUCAACGCUGGCUGGAACCAGGACCCCACACACGUCAUCCGCUUCCCACUGAACGGAUACUGCAGACUCAACUCCGUGCAGGUGCUGGAGCGUCUCUUCCAGAAGGGUUUCAAUGUGGCGGCGUCAUGUGGUGGUGGCGUGGACUCGUCUCAGUUCAGCGAAUAUGUUCUGUGUCGUGAAGAUCGGCGGAGUCACAACACAAACACACCCAUCAGGAUAAAGCAGGAGCCGCUGGACUAAACCUCGGCUACACACACACACACACACAGACUCAAACGGGGAAUGUACUCUGAAAAAAAGAAAAAAGAAAGCCCAAAGAACUUCCGGCUCCGCCCACUUCACCAAUCAGAGGAUGACUUUACGCAUAUGGAAUAAGGCCACGCCCCUAGGUGCAGUGUGUGUGUGUGUUUUUCUCUUCUCAUUUCAACCUUGUUGUUUCUAAAGUUGGACUUUUUCACGUCUAGAGCCGUGAUGUCUGAGCGCAGCACAACUUUGUGUUUUUCUUUUAUUACCUGAAGAAUGAAGGAGAAACUUUGAGAAACGCUGGAGCUGCCAGGACAAAACUG